AUGAUGGCCGCAGAACAACCAUAUGCCAGAUCGGGAUCUGAUCUUCAGCAGCAACAGAUGCCCUCUUUCAGUCUGAAUACUGUUGCCUCAAAUCCCAAGGGUCACAACCAGGUUCACGGAUUCGAUAAGCUAGACCUCAGUCAGUCUCUGCCUCCUCUGCAGACUCAGUUGAUGGGGUUUCAAGAAUCGACAGGUGUUGACUACGAUUUUUACCAGCAGCACGCCAUGGUACACCAGCUGGGGUUACAUCCAGCAGGAUCUCAACAACUGGCUCCACAACAGGACCCGUUAUCGCCAUCUCAACUUCAUCAUCACCAGCACAAUAUAAGUAACAGGUCCAGAGCAUGGAAAAGUUCGGAUUACGCACCGUACGCAAAUACCCACAGCUAUCCUGGUGUCUCUUUGGCAUCGCCAAACUGGUCGUCAGUCAAUGCCUCGGCUGCGUCGCUCGGUGUUGCCGUACCAGAUUUUGUGCCACAAUUGUCAUACUCAAUCCCCACAUCUGUGGGGUUUACCAUGUCGUCGUUGUCGCCUGCGGCCUCGGAGCCUGCCUCUGCGCAUGCUCCUAUGCUGUCAUCCACUUUCUCACAUGAUCCGCGCGAAAGAUCGCCGCUGUCUCCUCACGAGAUCUCCGAGAAUGCGAUAUCAAAAGCCGUGGCCUCGGCAAAGGCUUUGGCAGCCAAAGAGCUUGGCACAAAACCAAGACGCAGACGCAGAACUGCCGACCAAGACAGCACUCCCAACUCCGACCCGGCUGGAACCGGAUCAGCAACUGCAAAGUACGUGUGCGAAACGUGCGGGAAGUCGUUCAACAGGCCUUACAACUUGAAUAGUCACCAGAAAACUCACAGUGCGGAUAAACCUUUCCCUUGCCAGCAUUGUGGGAAAUCGUUCGCGCGGUCCCAUGAUCGGAAGAGACACGAGCGCCUGCAUGAUGGCUCUAAGAAGUUUAGGUGUAGCGGAAUUUUACUGGAUGGGACUAAAUGGGGUUGCGAUAGGACAUUUGCGAGAGCCGAUGCUUUGGGAAGACACUUCAGGACGGAGAGUGGCUGGCUAUGUAUUAAGCCGUUGAUGAACGAGGCCAAGGAGAACGAUAUUGGCGAGAUUACUCAGAUGUUGACAACGAGGCAGUGA